UAUAAUGUUUUAAAUAUAAAAUCCACUGAAGAGACAGAAGAUACUACUUCAAUCAAUUUUGUGUGUUAUAUAUAUAGAAGUUUGUAAACUGUGGAAUUUAAUUAGCUAGACCUAAAAUCGCCCGCUACUCAAUUCCCUGCAAAAUCUCAUCAUCAAUGGAGACACGAUAUGUCUCUCAAAAUUCCAAGAAAAGAGUAUUUCCAGGUGGGAGUUCAAUUGAUGCUGAGGUAGUGGAAAUCUCGCGACCUGCCAAUUGGAGUUCGAAAUCGAAGUCUCCUAAGCAAAAGGAGGUUAUUUUCCAUGAAAUAAUAGAUAUUGAUGUGGAUGAAGAUUGUAGUGAUGUUAAGCGCGUUGAUGGAAAUGUAGAAUCUAGUGGCAAGGGAAAGGAUAUUUUGGUCGGUGGACCAGUAGAUGGGGUUCAGUCUUCAAAGAAGAACUGCCCUUCAGCAUCUGAUAAUCCAAUUGUGUUAGAUGAUUUUGGUUAUGAUGACUUACUGUAUGACGACUCACCGUAUGACGACUAUUCUGUUUUGCAAUCUCAUUUUGAUUACAUGGAUAUUCCCACUGGAGUUGAGGCUACAAUCCCAUGGAUGUCGGGCCCCGUCAAAGAACAAACGGUGUCAACCACUACCAGUACUUCAGGGAGAGUUGUUGGAAGUUCAAAUGAGAAGACUUUUGAGGGAGUAAAUAGUUCAAAGAUCCACUCAUCCGGUGCUACAGCUUCUUUGGAUUGGCAUAACCAAUCUAAAAUAUAUGAAGAGUCAUUAUCUCAGUAUGGAAAGAAAAUAGGUUCAUCCGAUGCUACAGCCUCUUAUGGUUGGGGCAACGAAUCCAUUCCUCCUAGUAGGUCUUAUUUCCCAAAAUACCCCGUGGGACCCACUCCCGUGUCUGGUUGGACCAAUGUAUUACUUAAUCAAACCACUCCGGUUUCAUCUGAAUUUACUCAUGCAUCAGGUUCUAUGAACUCCGUGGGACCCACUCCCGUGUCUGAUUGGACCAAUGUAUUACUUAAUCAAACCACUCCGGUUUCAUCUGAACUUACUCAUGCAUCAGGUUCUAUGAACUAUUUCCCUCAGAGUUUGCAUAAAAGUGCAGCAACUGCAGCAAGUCCUUCAAUUCCCUUGGGACAAUUAGGUGAAACUCUGAAGAAAUUCCGCCUUUUCAAAAAAUUUGAUACUGUUGAUGAUCAUUCGGACCAUCACUAUUCUAAACAGGCUUCUUCAGGGAACCAGCCUCCUAAGAAUUGGGCCAAGAAAAUACAGGAAGAAUGGAAGAUACUGGAGAAAGAUCUGCCUGAUACAAUAUUUGUCAGGGUGUACGAAUCAAGAAUGGAUCUGUUAAGGGCAGUUAUUAUGGGAGCUGAUGGGACUCCAUAUCAUGAUGGCCUUUUCUUCUUUGAUGUUUUCUUUCCUAGCAAUUAUCCCAAUGUUCCGCCGCUUGUGCACUACCAUUCCUUUGGCCUUCGAAUCAAUCCUAAUUUGUAUAACUGUGGAAAAGUCUGCCUGAGUCUUCUUAACACUUGGAGUGGCAAAGGGAAGGAGAAAUGGAUCCCUCGUUCUUCUACUAUGUUACAAGUUUUGGUAUCCAUACAGGGGCUGAUAUUAAACGCAAAGCCCUAUUUCAAUGAGCCAGGUCAUGCAAGCUCGGAAGGGACAAAAAGAGGGGAUGAAAGCUCACUGCGGUAUAGUGAGAAUACGUUCAUUCUAAAUCUGAAAACAAUGGUCUUCUCCAUGAGGCGGCCACCAAAGCAUUUUGAGGAUUUUGUAAUAGGGCAUUUCUUUCAAAGUGCUCAAGAUAUUCUCGUGGCGUGUAAAGCAUACACGGAAGGUGCCCAGGUAGGUAGCCUUGUCCGGGGUGGUGUUCAGGACGUUGAUGAGGGCGACAAAAGCUGCUCACCAACUUUCAAGGCUUCUUUAGCCGGGUUCAUCAAGACAGUUAUAGAUACACUUAAAGAGAUUGGUGCAAGGGAUUGCGACAAAUUUCUUCCCUUGGCACAGAUAGGGAACGGAGGAGUAGUGCCAGUUGUUCCUGCGAACGCGAGCUAUUAUUAUGGUUGACCCAUAUGAGAAUGGUUGUAGAGAGAUGCUGACAUUGAAUUUUUACAAUAGAUGGAGUUGAGACUAAUGUUGACCAACUAGUUCAAUUUUAAUGGGGUAAAAUAUGAUAUAGCUUUAUACUAAUGCUGUUUCCAGCUUUAUUCAGAUUCUUGUUUUUUUGAGUUCUUAAACAGCAUAAGGAGAGCUCUUUAGAGAAUGAUGAAUGCUGUAUUCAUCUGAUUUAUGACAUGUAUAGAUCCAGCUACUAUAAUUUAUGUACGCUUAUUAUUCCCGUUC